UCGCAAGAAAAGUUAGAAAAGAGCUGGGAGAGAGGGGGUGUCACUCAGGGCAAAGGCCGUGGGUUCAAUCCCUCGUACAGCCAUUCAAUCCAUCAAUAGGAGAAUCUUUGGAAAUGUUAGAAAAGUAUAAAGUCACUCAGCUACAUCCACAUCUUUCUUUAUUUUUGGUACCGGGGAUCGAACUCGGGUUCUUGCGCUUGCGGGGUAGGCAGUGGCACUACUGAGCCAAAUCCCCAGCCCCCAUCCACAUCUUUUUUAUUUUGAAAGAGUCUCACUGUGAGGGCGAUUGUGAUCCUCCAGCCUCAGCCUCCUGAAUAGCUGAGAUUACAGGCAAGUGCCAUGCCAGGCAGUGUAACACUUUUAAAUCCAUUUAUCCUUCGAUGAACAUUUCAAUUUUCAGUUGUUUUCAACAGAGUCCGUAUUUUCCCUCUCCCCCGCCCCAAGGUCUCUCUCUGCUGGGGACUGAACCCAGGACUCCUCAGUGUGAGCCCACGCUCUACCCGGAGGUGCUAGUACAGAAGAGUAUCGUGGAGGUUGUCCAGGAACUGACAGCGCUGGUGGGGAAGCUGGUGGACAUUACCAAGAGCAUCCAGAGGCAGAGACCCCUCUCCAGACCCGGACUGGCUGAGAAAGCCUUGUCUUCCCUGGCUUCUCUAACACUGAUGACUUCUAGCACAUCAGAGAGGGAAAUGAGAAAGAUUCUCCGGGACCUCGAAGAAAUUCAAGAAAAAUUACAUGGAAACUUCUCAUGGAAAGAGGCCCCUGAAGCACAAACACAGGAAGCUCCAUCUUCCUCCUCGUGCCCACGGCCUGACCAGAGCUGCCUUGAACACAAGAGGACCUCCCAGUUUGCUCAGUGGGCCAUCACACCGACCUUUGACUUGAGAAGUCUGUCCUGUAGCCUGGAGGUGUCUAAGGAUUGCCGGUCAGUGACAGUGUGUCACGGCCAACAGAACUAUCCCUGGAGUCCCCAGAGGUUUUCAGCCAGCCAGGUGUUGUGUUCCCAGGCCCUCUCCUCUGGGCGGCAGUACUGGGAAGUGGACACUCAGUACUGCAAUGACUGGGCAGUUGGGGUGGCUUCCUGGACCAUGGCCAGGAACCAGAUGCUGGGAAGGACUAUGGACUCCUGGUGUAUUGAAUGGAAGGGGACUGGCAAGCUCUCUGCAUGGACCAUGGCCAAGGAAACUGUCCUUGGAUCAGACAGACCUGGGGUGGUGGGCAUCUGGCUGGACCUGGAGGAGGGGAAGCUUGCCUUCUACUCAGUGGCCAAUCAGGACAGCCUUAUAUAUGAAUGUGAGGUCUCGGCUUUCUCUCCCCUGCACCCUGCCUUCUGGCUGUUUGGCUUAAGGUGGGGAAACUCCCUGAUCAUAAAGCAAGCAAGGGUAUAAAGAUCCCUCAUGGGUUAAAAUGGUAGUUUCCUGGUCUCUCUCCCUGCAUUCAAGUAGGUUGGCAACUUGACCUAAGAUCAUGCUUUGUUUGUUUGUUUGUUACCUGGGCUGGGGGCUUUGGGUCUUGGCCUCAGCAGAUUCAGUGACCCAUGUGGGCACUGAGCUAUGUUAACAUGAUUGAACACCAGGAAAGCCUGGGACACUGCAGCCAGAGGGAGCCCCCCUCCUUGGCAGUACUCCACUGCUGGGAGAAUGAAGCCCUGUCCUCAGGACUCCCCUGGGGCAGGGUCACCUUGGACCCUGCUCUGUGUGCCUCUUUCCACGACUGACUUCAUUCUGUGUCCUUUCACGGCAAUAAAUCAUAACUGUGCA